AGAACUGCUUAUGCAUAAUGCAUAGAGCUCGCAUUCACUACUACACAAGCAGGCUCAAAACUCUGACCUCUCAAAAAUAUCUGAAAUUUGAUGCUAUUUUCGUCCUCAGUGUGACGCAACCAUGCCAUCCAUCGGUGGCUAUGAUAAUUCUCGGACCAAAGAUUGUGAUUUGGAGGAUGUAACAAGUCUCAUAUCAGUGGAAUUAGUUGGAUCAAAAUCAUCGUCGACAUCGAAAAACAUCACAGAGUUGAAGCUGAAGAAAGACAAACCGAUCGCAUCAGAAUCUACCACCAUCAUGGCACCAAACAAGAAUGGCCAGAUGGAGAGUGAGUGCAAGACAGCAUCCUCUAUUGGAAAAGAAGUUACACAACAAGACAAGAAGCUGUCUGCUGGGACAGAGAAGACAGUAGAUCCAGAGGGAGACACUCAAUGCAAUGGGAAACCCAAUGAGGAACAGAUGGAGAAGACAGCCGAAGUAAAGCGGAAGGAGUAUAAGGAGAAGCCAAAAGCAAGCUCCGUUGAAAUUCUUGGACUAAAGAAGAUGAAGAAUGCCAGGAUUCCCAACCAGGGCCACUUGGAUCAGAGUAUCUACCAGAGUGCAGAGAGUGAGCUGAGAAGACGGAAGAGCUCUCCUGCAGCUUACCACUACCAGAAGCAUCAGAGGAUUCCUGAAGAGCAGUCAGAGGAGUCAUCCGUUGACAAACUGGCCACGAAGAUGACUCGAAUGGACUUGAGUUGUGAGAAGAAAGAUGGCUUUGAGAAGAGGAUGGAAGAGGAGGUGCAGGAAAGGAACAAUCUGGUUUCAAAGGGUCCUACUCGAAGUAGUCCUCCACAGGUUAGGAUGCAACCAUACUCUAGGAAUCAACCAAGUAUGACUUGUGUUCAACCAUUUCAACAGCCACAGCAGGUGCAUGUUGGUCAAGUUACCCAUCAUCCACAGAAUCGACAAAUCAUUGUCAUUCCCAAUACAAAGUUUGUGCCCCCUGGUAUGACCCCAGCCCAUCACACAGAUGGUCGUACCAUGCAGAAUGUAUCCAGGCCGCAGACCACUGUCACCAGAAAUGAACCGGUGGAAUCAUAUUGGCCUCCAUCUCCAACAGAUAGCUGUGACCCAAACUCGCCUGGUAGCGUGUCUUCUCUGAGUCCUGCUCAUACAAUGCAACAGGCUCCAUCUCCAGCUUAUUCCUCGGCAUAUUCCCCAGCACAGCCUCAGCUCUCACCCCAAUCCAUGAUGUCACCAGCUGAUAGCUACCAAGGCAUGUCCACCUCGCCAAACUCGCCGUAUUCUCCAGAAAACAUGGUGAUUAUCAACUCCCCUCCCAGUGUCCAGAGCGAGGAUUCUGGAAUCGCCUCACCGCCUCACAACCCCAGUGUCUACAAUUACACCUCGGUAAAUGGCACCAACAGCGGGGUCGUCAUCGACAACAGCAAACGACCCAAUGUAAAUUUAAAUCAGAUUCCUGCAGAUAAAAUGAGGUACAUCAUCCAAAACCGGCAGCAGCCAUCGUAUCAGAAGCAACAACAGCAGCCAUCGCAGGCUGAAGUGGCCCUGCAGAGCAUUGAACGAAUCAAAGAGGAUCUCAUGGCCUCAACUGCAGAGCUUCCAAGCCAACAAUGUCAUAUUCCACCUGACAAUUAUCACUAUGUUCAGAGCCCAUACAAUCGUAACCAAGUAAGCCAACCAAUGGUCAGCCAGCAACCUGCCUAUCAGCACACCAUGUACUCUGGAUCAAACCAAAUGCAGAUGGUCACACCGCCACCAACCCCUCAAGAUCAUAAUAGAAAUUUGGAGAAUCUAGUCAACAAUAUGCCUCUGGACGUCUUGUGUUCUUUGGAUGAGGAAGGAGACAGUGCUCUUCACAUAGCUAUUAGCCAAGGGAACACGCAGCUUGUACGCCUGAUCAUCAAUCGGUUGUUGAAGAGUGGAAGAAGAGAUGCCUUGAACCUUCAGGACAAUAUCGGACAGACACCUCUUCAUAUCUGUAUCGUGACAAACCAACCAAAUCUCAUUAUUGAACUUCUGAAAGCCGGUGCAGACAUCAUGAAGAGAAACAAAGAACAAGUGACUGUUCUCCACUAUGCAGCAGCCAAAGGUUUCUCUAACGCUCUGCUUGCCAUAUUCCACUGUUUGUGUGAGAAGAUGAUUGCCAACAUUCAAAUCGAUAUUGAAGAUAAGAAUGGCAUGUCCCCACUGCAGUGUGCUAUUCAAGCUCAUGGUCGCUUGGCCCGUGUCUAUGAUGGUACUCAAUGCAUGUAUGUUGAUAAGAUGGUUGAUAGUUUGGAUACUAUCAAGAAUCUCCUCUACCUAGGGGCUGAUCCUUCAUUCCAGGACAGAAAGAGUGGCUACACAGCCAUCCACUAUGCAGUUGAGCUGCCACCUUGUAACAAUGUAACCCCAAACACUCACAUUCUCAAGAUCAUCCUAGAAUGGCCGGGUGUUGAUGCAAGACAACUCCUUAGGAUGCAAAACUACGCCGGAAACACUCCGCUUCACGUCAUCGCCGGUAGGGAGUUUGAUGAGGAUUACGUGGUGAGCGUGAUCGAUCACCUGAUCAGCUUUGGUGCCGACAUCGAUGUGAAGAAUCAAGAGAAGCAGUUACCUCGUGAUUUAGCAACGGUCAAGAAGAAGGAGAGACCAAAGGUUUUUGCACGGUUGACAGGAGACCAUCUUCAAGGAAAGUGAAGUAGCCAAUCAGGGGCCUUGAUAAAAAUCAACCUUCAUUAACAAUGCAGCAAGUGACCAAUCAUAGGAGAUGUUUCAUUAGAUGAAAUCCUUUGUGCCGAAUACAGACACAUGUUUCAACUGCAAAGCUCCGAGAUUCCUGGAUGUAUUGCAUGUUUGAAAUAUUGAAAAAGGAACCUGAAUUUCUUUUUAUAGUUUGAUAUAUGCCAUAUUUGGUGAUAUCUGAAUAUAUGGCCUUAUAAAAGCCUAUUGUAUAUAUUGUUUGUCUUUCGAUAUUAAACCAUCAUGGUUCUUCAACAUGAAUUAAUCCUAAACUUAUGGAAGUAAACAUGAAGGAUUCUUAUCUAAUUAAUAAGAUUACUCUCUGUAAAAUGAAAUCAAACAUUUUAGAGGAUAAUUUCUUGUAAUUUUAAUAGUCGUUUACCUGUAAAAUAUUGAGAAAAAAAUAUAUAGAUAAAUAAAGAAUGAUGAAUAUUCAAAAUUGUACAUAAACAGAGAAUUUAAAUGACAAGGCAUGUCUUUAUCAUGUUGAAGAAAGUUUUUUUAUGGCUUAGACUGAAUACUUUUAAUGAAUUUGAAUUUUGAAUUUGUUAUUUUAAAAUAAUGUACUAUAGAUAUUAAACGAUUUGAAUUGACAGUGAAUCAAUUAUGUGUUAUAAUGUCAAAAUGAAAUUGACAUGUAUAUACAUACAGUAUAAUAUACAUGUGUAGAUUCAGUUUUAUGACCUGGCUUCCAGUGUUAUUUAGCAUUGCAUAAAGAGGAACCAAAAAUUUAAGCAGUUGACAAUAUUUUAGAGAGAUAACAUUUUAAUAUUUCACACCUUAUAAAUUGGAAAUGUCAUCACUGAGUAUGGAUAUGAAUGAAAUUGGACCAUGACAUAUAGAAGUUUGACAAUUGAAAACUAGAAUUAUAGAUGAGGGGUAUUGAAAAACAUGUCUUUAUUAUUAUUUUAUUCAUUUGACUUUGCGCGCUGAUGUUGCAAUCUUGCACAUUCAAACAAUUAAUUUCAACAAUCGUAAUAAUUUGUAUUUCCCCCCUACCUUCAAACAAGAUAAGCUAACAAAGGACAAUACUCUUGUUGGAUUAUAUCUGUAUAAUGAUAAUAAGUAUCAUUUAUGCAAUAUGAAAAUCUUGAAUUAAAGAAAAUAACAUGGAAACAAUUGUCAUUAUUAUCCCAAAAACUAAUUCAGCUUGCAAAGAGUUAAGUUUAGGACAAUCUGUCAGCAUGAUUAGGAAUAGAUCACAAAGUUUUUAUUUCCUAUCUUUGUGUACAAUGUGUGAUUAUGGUAUGUGGGGAUUAGUUUUUAUAUGUCAAUGAAUGCAACAUCAUGAUCAAAUUUGCUUUCAGUCUGUGUGUUUCUGUUCAAUGUAUCUCUGUCUGUGAACAUGUUCAUUAGUCCUAUAUGUGUUUAAUAUAUGAGGACCAAGGUGGCUGUUUCAGAAAAGCUGUUUGUAAGUUAAGAGCGACUUUACAAACUUUUCGUACAUGCUUGAUAAUCACCAAUGAACAAUUGAUGGUGAACAUCAUUUACAGCAAGAAAGGAUCACCAGUCACUCUUAACUUACAAACAGAUAUAUGAAAUGGUCCCAAGGCUUCAAAUACUGGCAUUUGUUAGGAUCCAAUACUUUUGAUAAAAGUAUGCCAUGUUAUAUUGCUUGAUAUAAACAAAACAAUCGCAGAAUUAUAUUUCGCUGUCUUACUCUCAUACUGAACAAUGCUUGUUUUGGAUGACAAGGUCUUAUGCCACUUUGAGAGGAGUGUUACAUAGAAACAAUGAUUUACAUUGAAGGGACUGAUUUGCUUUUAUGCCUCUCAAGGCUAUCAGUUGCUUAAAACUUUGGUACUGACUUUGAAAUGUCCCAGAGAUAUGAAUAAUUAUCUAUAUAUAUAUUUUAUGCAUAUGUACAUAUAUACAGACAGUAUCAAGGGAAGAAAAUCAAUCACUUCGUGUCUGAAAACAUGCACUUAUUGACCAAUGUGUUGAAAUACUUCAUAUAUCCUUCUGUGUAGACUAUUCUGUAAUUUCCUUGUUGAUACUGCGUAAAGAAGUGGUUAAGUUCUAUUCAUGUUUGUGUAAUAUUAAUCAGAUAAUAGUGGUAUAUCUAUGUCUAGACUGAAAUGAAAGGGGGCGCAAAGAUUUCAAAAAUGGAGAGAUUGCAGAUGAGAGUUAUAGAUUUAGAGAUGGUUAUAAAGAUAGAGGGUACCUAGUCUGAAGGCACAGACCCUUUCACAAUUCACAUAGUGUAUAAUACAGAGUCUGAAGUAGUGAGACUAGAUUCACUAUGUACUGUAGCUGGCUCUACCAAGGGGCCUUUGGCUUCUAGUCUUUACUCUAUACCUGUUAUUGGUCUGCGCUUACAGACUAGAUAGAGGGUGUGUGAGUGCCUUGCAGCACUGCAUAGUCAGUAGUCUUUGCUGGUGCCUGAAUUCAUUGUAUAGCUAUCAGAAAAUAUAGAUAUAUUGUACAGCUUGUUGUGUCACUUGAAAGUAAACCAAUUUGUGCAUAGAGAAACAUUAUGUUUGUUUAUUACAUGUAUGCGCUACUAAGUGAUGUAUUAUUAUAUUGUAGUCUGUCGACUGUAUAGUGAUGCAUUCAAAUCAUGCCUGUGAACUAAAAACAAUGUACAGCUAUCUUUGUGAAAUAAUAAAAGAGGGGGGCGGGCCGGAGCAAGAUAUUGGAGAACCAACAGCGUUCAGGCCUUUCUGAGAGGCAUGGUUAAACCAAUUGACUAUUAGAUUCUCUUAAGCAUCUAUAGGUUUUGUAUAUAUGGGGCACCUAUAUGCCAGUCAGUCCUAGUACAUGUGAAGGGUCUUUUGGUAUUGCAUACAAUAAGUACAUGGUUUAUGUUUUUAUAACAAUUCAUACACUUUAAUAAAUCAGGUCAAUUCUUUGCAACAUUUUUAUUAUCCUUUAUUCAAUCAGAAUGUUUCUAUUUUUAUCAAGGAAAGGGCAAUUCUAUCAAUAUGACUGCAUGCAUGGAAAUGCUUUAAUGAUAACACUAAAAGUUAUUUCCGUCGUCAUGCUUUUUUCUUUUAGAGAGAAAGAUUUUUAUAUUUUCAAGGUAGUCUAUUUGUGGUACAUGUAUUCUAAAGCGAAAUUGAACUCUAUUUACAGAGUUGUAAAUCAUGGUAAGUUUUUUGGUCCUUUUUGUCUUGCUUUUCAAGAUUAAAGUCAUAUUACUCCUCCAAUUAUCUGAAAUAGAUCUACUUUCAAAAGCCAUUGAUAAUGGUUUCACUUAUAUUACCUUCUCUGAUGCAUACUUUAUCUGGUUUCUAUAAGGAAGUAGAGCAAAGAUAAGGGUACUGUCACCCAGAGAAUUAUACCCUUUUGAGCCUACAUGUAAGCAGGAAAUCUAACAGAGUACAUGUAUUUUGGUAUUAUUUGACUGCAGUUAUUAUAUCAAAGUACAUGCCAUAAAGAAUUUGAUUUAUGAUUUCAAAAUGUAAAUGGUGAUUUGAUAAUCAAUAGAUGUGUUAAAAAAACAGCUUCACAACGAAUAAGAAUGAUUAAAACUUGUUUCAUGAAUACUAUCUGUAUGCUGUGUAAAAGUUGAGAAAAUAUAAGCUGUAUUCUUCCAAUCUACAAAUGUGUUUGUUGAAUUAUGGUCUCUCAUCAAUCACUCUUCAUCCUUUUCAAAAAUUAAAGGAUAUU